AUGUUUGGAAUUGAUUUCUCUCCCAUGUUUGAGCCUUGGGAUCAACGAAAACUGCUCAUUGGCGUCCUGUAUCACUUCGUCGUGGUAUAUUCGCUAGCAAUUAUUGGAUUCUUCUUACCAUUCAUUCUACUGUUUACUUUUCAAUGGCAUAUUUUACUACUGUAUGGUAUUUGGUACUAUUAUGAUAGAAAGUCUCCUAAAGAAGGUGGCUAUAGUAGUGAAUGGGUUCAAAGAUGGACUGUGCAUAAAUGGUUCGCCGACUAUUUUCCGGUUAGGCUACACAAGACCGUCGAUCUCUCGCCAUCACAUAAUUACCUGGUCGGUUGUCAUCCACAUGGUAUCAUCGCUAUGGCCGUAUUCGCGAACUUCGCCACUAACGGCACGGAGAAGUACAUUAAA